GCGAACAACUCGUACACCCGCGACCAGUGGCUGCACUCCAUCAUUUGGAAGAAAAAUGUAUUCAAAUAUCGAAACGUUCUCUGCACGGCCAAGAGACCUGAGGUGCUUCUCAAGGAACUCAAGAGCCUGGUGGAGUUGUCGCUGGCAACGCCCCUCCACGACCACACUGUAUGCCGAGUUCCCUUGGAGUUGGCGUCCUCUAUACUCACUACGUUCAUCAACUGGUCAUAUAUGGGUGAGCACUGGUUGAGUCGCCAGAUGACAGAGGAGAUAAUAGUUACCUUGGCUCCUCUCUUGGAGAACAACCAGCCGUCUCCUGAGAUAUGCCACUUCUUCAGCCAACACUGUACCGACAACCCGCGUUCGUGUCUUGUUAUCGACAUGUUCACACCUAUUAUCAAGAGGAUACUGAAACAUAAUGUGGACUUCGGCAAGUACCCUUACGUGCGUCACUUUGUACAAAACUACAUACAGGCCCUCAAUAGUCAAAACGACGGGCUUCGGGUGGUGCACCAGUUCGUCCACAGCAUGCACGGACCGACGAGUACAUGCCCUCACUUGCGGGUUCUCCCCAACCUAGUCGCAGUGUGUACAGCAGCUGUGUGCACCUUAGUGGAGGACCAGAGAAACCAAGAGCGUCUGAACACCCUCACGCAGUCCACGGAAGACACGACACAUCAUCUUAAUUGCUACCUCAGUGUCCUUGCUAAGAUCUGUGAAUAUGACGACUGGAGACCUGGACUAGCUCAGCUCCUGCAACCCAUACCUUUCCCUGAUGUGGCUCUUGCAGAUGAGAAAUUCAUCAGACAAAUUUUGCCAGUUCUGGAACAAAUAGGCACAGACCCGCGAUGUGAGGUGCACAGGAUGGUACUUGGCACAAGGGAAGACAAGGAGGGAUGGUUAAGCAUACUGUGUCCAUCUUCCUUAGCCUGCGUUGACGAAGGGACUGCUUGGGCCAGUAUACUUGAGACCAUUAUCAACUGUUGCUGUAAGAGAAAGAAGUUCCUAAAUCUACUGACUAAAUCACUUGGUGCCUGUAUGUUGCUGGCACUGAGGGGCAACACCACAGCACAAGACGUACUGUGCUUGAUGCUGGAAUGGAAGUUGAUCGACGGUUCAGACCAGGGACUCCAGGUGGUCACAACAUUACAGUCAACCACAUCAGGGAAGAGGCGUUACCAGGCUCUCUGUGAGCGACAGCUACAUCUCAGGGAAUUACAACAGAAAGGUGGACCGAGAAAGCUAACCCUCCCGAGUAGAUGCACCGACGCUGACGUGAACCGGAUGCUGUCCUCCGGGUCGUUUGGGAACUUGGAGUGUCUUUCCCUGGCUUUCACUCGAGUCACCAGCGCCUGUGCAGAGCAGCUCAUCAAGCUUCCCACUCUCCGCUACCUCAACCUCUGGGCCACACAGUUUGGUGAUGUGGGUUUGCAACUUAUAUCAGAACAUCUGCACAAAUUACAAGUGCUAAACCUGUGUGAAACUCCUGUCACAGACAAAGGCUUGGGCACACUGACAGCCAUCAAGAGUUUGCGGAAACUGAACCUCAACAGCACGAAUCUCUCCUUGCAAACCUUCGAAACACUGAAAGAGACUCUGCCAUCUCUCCAAGAAGUGGACGUCCGGUACACAGAUGCUUGGUGACCCUCGCCUCCCUCUGCUGACACUCCUGAUGUUAGCAGAACCUCCGCCGGGCCCACUGCCUUUAUUCGCCGCGUCUUGAACCAGCUGGGGAGGAAGAAGAGGGACAGGGACCAAACCAAGCAGGACUCUCCCGUUUCAGAGAGGAAUAACAGCAGGAGGGACUUCAUGUGCUUGCCCAAGUUCGACGGGAAGAGUCUGACGAAGAGGAACCCGCUGGUCAAGGCGAAGAGUGAAGAACAGGGAACUGUGAAGAGAGGGUUGUUAGUCAGAGCUUGCAGUGUAGAUCAAACUAAUUUUGUCAGAAACUUCAUUGUACGGUCCGGGAGCGACGAACCGGCCGCGAAAUCAACCAAUGCUCUUAUGAACUCGAGUGGUGAGACACAGAGCAGCCAGUUGAAACAGAGUAAUGUUAACAAUGAGGAACAGAAUCCUACAAGAAGUAAUGCAGUUGCUGUAGCAGAGCAAGGAGAACCAAGUACUAGAACAAGGAAUCUUCUUGUUCGAGCCAGCAGUGAAAAAGGUAAAUCAAUCACAAGGAAUGUCCUUGUUCGAGCCAACAGUGACGGGAAAAGGAACAAGAUCACCAAUCUUGUUUCCGAAAAGAAAGCUAAUUCAGACCAAGAGAUCUGCAUUGCUGCCAACACCAACUAAAGCAGAGUAAAGACUUAUAAGAUAUCACGUGAGACAGAAAGCAAUUAUAUUUGUUAUAUCAAGGUUGACAAUGAUGCUGGAGUAUAUAGCUAAUGAUUUUUUUUCUACACAAAUAUUAUAUGUAUUCAUGAAAUUGUGACCCAUUUCACACUACACUUUCUGUGUAAAAUUUCUUUCUGUGUAACUUAUUUUCUGAUAUACUGAUUUGCCAGUUAAGUGUAAUGCUAAAAAGCUAGUUUUAUAUAUAUAGAUAUAUACUGUAUAUAUAUACCAAGUGAUUAUGUGGUUACAUGUAGAUAUAUGUUUCGUUCCAAAGACUUAUUCAUGAUUAUUUCCCAUUGAGUGAAAUAGUUAGAAUAGCAUGACCAAUUGUGCUCAGUGGCUACAUUUAUAGUAGAGAAAAGAGCUUUCUAAGUUACUUGUUUCCUUCAUUUAUGAAGAAAGUAUCAAGUUAAUGAUAUGGGCAUUUAGUUUUGCAAGUGGAAUCUGCUCUGCUUAAACAAUGAGCAUUGAUGGUCAGAAAUCGGAAAUUUUCUUGUCAUUGGGAGUAUCACUUAACUGUUGCUCAUUGCCAAAUACUUUUACCGGCUCAGGAUGAAGCCCUUUGGAGGAGGCUUCGGUGUUAUCACUAGCCACUUGACUUCUGCUUCUGAGACAGUCAAUUCUAUGGUGUGAAUUUGUUCCUUGUGUCCAUUUUAUAUGUUGGCAUUUAUCUUAUGUGGUAAGUUUUUUUUUUUUUUAUCUCUCUCUAAACCUUUAUUUUCUCUCAAGAAAAGCAGCUGCAGCAUCAUUCCUUAUUUAAACAGAAAUAUACGAGAUAUGAGAGAGAGAUUGGGUAAAAAUUGUAUUUAUGUGUGUUGAGAGCUGUUUGCCAAAAAUUAAACACGUGUGAUUGGUAUAUUAUUUUGUGUUUUCCAUCAUAUGGAAGUGAAAGUUCAACUAUCAGGGCAUUUUGAUAUACUAUUUCAGUAAGUUCAAGAACUGAAUUAUUGUACAUGAAGUAUGAUGCAAAUGUAUGGAAAAAUAUUCCAAAUCUAACCAACUAUCCUGACUCUUACUGGUCUAGUCUGGUAAAGUUUUCUGAUUAUUUACAUCUCUUAGACUCUUUAUUCCUGACGACUAUGUACUACUAAGAGAUGUUUUGCAGUACAUAUGCUUUCCCUCUACUUUUGACAAAGGCACAAAAUAUAUAUAUAACCAGUGUCUGCCAUGGUUGAGGUUUGGUUAAAACCUUAUAGCAUGAUUAUUUAUUAUAUGAUACGGUUCACUUUGUUACCAAAGUUAUUUAAUAUGUCAGUUCUCUACAGUAUUUUAGUUAUUUUUAUGUGAGAAUAUUUUGUUACAUGUGAUUGAUAAUGUGGAUCUAAGAGUGGCCCUAAGUCACCCAGUCUGAGCCAGUAAUUAACAGUAAUUUUGCACUCAAGUUUGAUCAAAAUCAGUACGUAUUUUCUCACUUUACUUUUAUCAUCAAAGUACAGUAACAUUUUUUUUUUUUAAUAGACUGGUUAGAAAAAGAAUAAUGACUACGAUUACUUGAUAACAGAAUUACUGUGACGACCAGGGUGGUAAGUGAUGCAAACUCCUGCCUUGAGUCUUGUCUAAUUCAGGGUGUCCUUUGACUGUCGAAAGAUAUUUUAAGUCUACUGUGGUUAAUGCAGACAGAGGAAAAGGGAAACCAAUUUUCAGUUUUCUUGUACAGUCCAAAGGCAUCCCGAGGGUUGUAGAAUCGUUAGAUGAAGGUGCGCAAUUAAAAAUCAAAUGACUGAUGAUUAAUCACAGUGCACAGAGUAGAGAAAUAACGUUAGAAGUGCCAUAUCUCUAUAUCAAACAAUGUUUCACUUGCACAUUGCUUGUGAUCUUUAAUCUAAAAUGCCCAAAUUUGUGUCAUUGCUGACUAUUUGUUGCCAUAUGCUACGGUACACAUCAUGUAUUUUUUUUCUUUAUCAUUAUACAAGUAUGUAUCCAACCAAAUGAUACUUUGAUUAUUUGAUAGGUAAAUGAUGUGCCAAUUUAAUAAGUUGAUAAAUACUGUAGAUGUAGUGGCACUGAAAGUAACAAUUACUUUAAUAUCUCUGUUAUGUUGUUAGUCAUAAUCUGUAAUGUUCUCACAGUCUGAAUGCCAGUGUAAAUGAGGUCAGCAAACUUUUGAUGCCCUUUUAUAUAUAUAUAAAAAAAAAUCUUACUUGGAGUAUCUAAGCAAAAGGUUAAAAUCAGUAAUUCAUUUCAGUUACGAGAAAUUAUCAAAACUCUUUUCACAUUUUUCACAGUUUUUUUUUUGUGAAUAGCAAAUAACUUAAAUUCAUUUCAUAACGUGAUUUGAAUCUUUCAUUCACUUUAUUCCGGUCAUACCAUUUGUAUUAGUUCUAGUAAAGCAACACUGGAAUUUCUUACAGUAGUGUACAACCCACCAUCACGCUCAUAAUCAUGAAAUUCACAAUCUUGUGACCACAAUAGGAAUCCCUUUAGAAUAUAUAUUUUUAUUAUGACACACUGAUGCUAUGGUAUGGAAUAAAUUACUGGAUUUUAAAACAAUCAAAUGUGUAUAUACAAUAUAUGAAACAUUAUUAGAUAUUUUAGAAAAUAAAAAAAAUGUUAUACGAAUAUAGUGACAAAGCGUCUAUGGCAAGGUACCAAUUUUGUCUGAGUUUUAUACCUUUUGUGAAGACAACUUCUUGCUCUAUCAUUCUGUACUGCUUUACCGUUGUUUGUCUCAUAAUAGAUGUGGCAGGAUCACCCCACUUAAAAAAAAAAAUCUUUCAGGCUAAUUAAAAAGGGGGGGAAGGUUCCCUUAUUAGCUGAAUACCUCAGGUGAUCGCUGACUUUGUCAUCACUGAGCAUUCUCAACACCAGUGAUGCUGAUCUGUGAGCUGUCAUGUAAUCUGUCUGUGAUUUCUGCAAGUUAUUGUGUAAAGGUGUGUUGCUCAACGGCCAUAGUCAAGAGCAGUCAGGGAUGUGGAGACUUCGUGUAUUUUGUUUCCUUAGAACCUAAAUUGAAGUUUCCCAAAUAGGCGAUAAGUAUAGGAAAAUAUCUUGUCUUAUUUUCUUACUUUUUUUUCAUUCAAGUUUACGUUUACGUUCAUCCUUUCUUCUCUCUCCCCAAUAUGGAAUCUUUAUCAAAAUCCUGAUUUCACGUCCUCAGUCUCUUCUCUGAAUAUUAGAGCCUUUUUAAAUCGAUCAUGCUGGAUAGAUAUAGUCUUCCACUCUGUGCUAAUGACUAAGUGUCUUCAAAUGGCUUAACGAGAUGAGCCUCCAUCAUGCCUGGCUACUCUACUGUUGCAUCGUUCAAAAAUAUCCCACCCUUACUCUGGGUCAAUGGGUAGAAACCACGACACUCUUGUAUGUUUAUUCCAUUUUGUAUACCCCAUAAUUGUGUGGAUGUUUUCACACAUCAGUGUAACCUUAUAUAAAGGUAAGCUGUACAGUAUGAAACUGCUGAUGUUCUUUAUGUAUAAUCUUGGGGCUUUGCUCCAAGAAAUGUAUAUUUGUGUUGUUUUUUUUUCUCCCGUAUGCAUUGAAGUGCAUACGCGUGCAAACACAGACACACACACACACACACACACACACACACACACACACACACACACACACACACACACACACACACACACACACACACACACACACACACACACACACACACACACACACACACUACCAAACCUAAAACCACAUCUUAUAAAUCAUAUCUAAAUUAUAUUAAGCCUUAUCAUGCUAUUUAUAAACUUCUACUAUCUGUCAUAGUAUUUAAUGUUCAGUCGUAUCGUAGGAGCCCGGGGAAGCAGUCAUACUUGGUCAUUACAUUUUAUUGAUUUUGUAUUCAAAAUCAAAAACGUCGUGUGAAGCCACCGCAGUUCACCGUCCCCAAGUCCUCACUGUAUUGUUUGCCAUUCUGAUAACAGCUUUCCGUAAAUGAAAUUUACAUGUA